ACCCCGUCUUUUUUGAAUUGAAACUCCACCAAACGGCAAGCAGCUGACGAUCAGAGGACGACGAAAAUUCUCUCCAUCACUCGCUCUGUUUAAUGUAUUGUUGAUAGAAGAUGGCAGAAGCUGAUGACAUCCAGCCACUCGUCUGUGAUAAUGGCACAGGAAUGGUUAAGGCCGGAUUCGCUGGAGAUGAUGCUCCAAGGGCUGUGUUCCCUAGCAUUGUGGGUCGCCCACGUCACACUGGUGUGAUGGUUGGCAUGGGCCAGAAAGAUGCUUAUGUUGGGGAUGAAGCUCAGUCCAAGCGUGGUAUCCUAACUCUAAAGUACCCCAUUGAGCAUGGUAUUGUGAGCAAUUGGGAUGACAUGGAGAAGAUCUGGCAUCACACCUUCUAUAAUGAACUCCGUGUGGCCCCAGAGGAACACCCAAUUCUACUCACUGAAGCACCUCUCAACCCGAAAGCUAACCGUGAGAAAAUGACACAAAUCAUGUUUGAGACCUUUAACGCUCCUGCCAUGUAUGUUGCCAUCCAGGCUGUUCUUUCCCUUUAUGCCAGCGGCCGUACGACUGGAAUUGUUUUGGAUUCUGGAGAUGGUGUCAGCCACACUGUCCCCAUCUAUGAGGGGUAUGCCCUCCCUCAUGCUAUUCUACGUCUUGAUUUAGCUGGCCGUGAUCUCACUGACGCCUUCAUGAAAAUCCUAACUGAGCGCGGAUACUCCUUUACCACCACAGCUGAACGUGAAAUUGUGAGGGACAUGAAGGAGAAGCUAGCAUACAUUGCCCUUGACUAUGAGCAGGAGUUAGAAACUUCCAAGACUAGUUCUUCUGUUGAGAAAAGCUAUGAGUUGCCUGAUGGGCAGGUGAUUACUAUCGGGGCCGAGCGUUUCCGAUGUCCAGAAGUCCUUUUCCAGCCAUCCAUGAUAGGAAUGGAAGCUGCAGGCAUUCAUGAAACCACAUAUAACUCUAUCAUGAAGUGUGAUGUUGAUAUUAGGAAAGAUCUUUAUGGUAACAUUGUCCUCAGUGGUGGUUCCACCAUGUUCCCGGGCAUUGGUGACCGGAUGAGCAAGGAAAUCACUGCUUUGGCACCAAGCAGCAUGAAAAUCAAGGUGGUGGCUCCACCUGAGAGGAAGUACAGUGUUUGGAUUGGAGGCUCCAUCUUGGCAUCCCUCAGCACCUUUCAGCAGAUGUGGAUUGCAAAGGCAGAGUAUGACGAAUCUGGGCCGUCCAUUGUGCACAGAAAAUGCUUCUAAUUCUUCGGACGGAAGUUGUGGAAAUAGAAUAAUAUUCUGUCUUCAUCAGGGAACUUUACUGCUCGAGAGUUCGUACUCUUCCUUGGUAUAUAACUUCCAUGCCUUUUGUAGUGGAAGAGCGACCUACCAGAGUGUGGAGAGACGGCAGGAAAUUUUAAAUUAUUAUCGUGACACUUUAAUUAGCAGUUUUUGAAUUUUGGCCAUUCUUACUAAUUUAAAGCUAUUAGCAAUUUGCAAGUAAUUCCAACUUUUGCUGUGCAUUCAGACUUGCAAUAUGACAAUCCUUUUCUUUGGCUCCUUUGGUGUUCCAAUUGUACAAUUUUUUCUUUGGUUCAGCAUAUAUUCAUGCUUUAUGUUUUUGUAUCUCA